AACGCAAACACCAAAUUCCGUAUUAAAUUAAAUUGGAAAUUUCCUCUGUUUCCCUAUUUUUCGCCGUCGACGACCAACCAGGAAUUAGAAAUCGAAAAAAAAAGACCUGCGGUAACAUGCCCUGUGCCGUUGCACCAACGAACUCGCCGGUGUUCUUAUCGUCACCGAUGUUUGGUAAACCGAUGAUCUCUCCGUCAUCAUCGCUCUCUCUCCGUCAUACAUCUCCGGCGCCGUCACCUCCGUCGUCAUACCUUCAUAACCCUACCAAUGGAUAUAAGGAAGGAAAGAUUAUCAGUUGUGAUUCGAAUCCCUCGCCGUCGGUUGUCUUGAAGAGGAAGAGGCCGGCGAGGAUUCAGAUUCCAUUUGCACCGUUGAGUCUUAUGGAUGAGGUUGCGAAACCGAACGAUGAAGUGGCGGAGAUCGAUGAGGAAGGGGAGGAGUAUUCUGUGUAUUGUAAAAGAGGGAAAAGGGGAGCCAUGGAGGACCGAUAUUCUGCCGUUGUUGAUCUCCAAGGAGAUACCAAACAGGCCUUUUUUGGUGUUUUUGAUGGGCAUGGAGGGGAAAAGGCUGCAGAAUUCUCAGCAAAGCAUCUGCAUAGCAACAUCAUCUCCAAAAUAGCAAACAGAUGUGAAUAUGAAAUCGCAGAAGCUGUUAGAGAGGGAUAUCUCGCAACAGACUCGGAAUUUCUAAAAGAAGACAUCAAUGGGGGAACUUGCUGUGUGACUGCAUUGAUUCGUAAGGGCAACCUCAUAGUCUCCAAUGCAGGUGACUGUCGUGCAGUUAUGAGCCGAGGUGGAGUUGCAGAAGCUCUCACUGUCGAUCACAAACCUUCAAGGAAUGACGAAAAAGAUAGAAUCGAGUCCAUGGGUGGAUAUGUUGAUUGUCGCAAUGGCGUUUGGAGAAUACAAGGUUCACUUGCGGUAUCAAGAGGAAUUGGAGACAAACAUCUCAAGAAAUGGGUGAUUUCAGAACCAGAAACAAAAAUCCUCCAAAUUACACACGAAUGCGAGUUCUUAAUCCUUGCUUCAGAUGGAAUCUGGGAUACGGUGAGUAAUCAAGAAGCAGUUGACAUUAUUCGCCCUUUUUGUGUGGGAAUCGAAAAGUCUGAUCUUUUUUCCGCUUGUAAGAAGCUGGUCGGCUUAUCGACAUCAAGGGGUUCGUACGAUGACAUGAGUGUUAUGAUUAUUAGAUUGUCUAAUUUCACUUCUUGAACAUAUAACAAAUAGAUCAACCCAACAUCAGUUACAUACAAAUUAUUGGAUGUUUAGAGUCGAUAGAUAUAAAUUAUUGUUUAUUCUUUUUUUAAUCCUAAUUCCUACACAAUCUAAUGUUUUUCC